AUGGCCAAGCUGGUGGUGGAAGUAGCCGACGCCAGCGACCUAAUGCCCAAAGACGGGCAAGGCUCGGCCAGCCCGUUCGUGGAAGUGGAAUUCGAGGGCCAAAAGCAGAGGACUUCAACCAAGCACAAAGACCUCAACCCUCAAUGGAACGAGAAGCUCGUCCUACACUUCAACGACCCUAGAGAUCUCCCUACUUCUACCAUUCAAGUUGUGGUCUAUAACGACGGCAGAGGGAACGUACCUGGCGGUGGCGGUGGCGGCGGCGGGCAGCUGAAGAAUUUCCUCGGCCGGGUCCGAAUCUCAGGCUCCUCUGUCCUUUUCUCUGAGCCCGAUUCCACUGUCCAGAGAUACCCACUUGAUAAACGUGGGCUUUUUUCCCACAUCAAGGGAGAGAUCUCCCUCAGGGUAUAUGCUGUGGUUGGUGACGCCGGUGGUAGCAGCUUUACUCCGGCGCCGGAGAUGCCGGGAGUUGGAGAAAGGGCUGAGCAGCCUACUCCUCUCCGAGAGAUGGACCCUAACAAGGGUGAAGAAGAGGAGGAAGAAGAAGAAUUUCACCAGCACAAUCACAACCACGACGAUGAAGAGAUGAUGAAGAGCAAGAAGAAACACAAGGAGAAGGAUAAAGUUCGCACCUUUCACUCUAUACCCACCGGAGCAGCUGGCCACCACCAUCCUCCCCCACAGCAGGCGCGAGCUCCGCCGGCUACGGCGUUUCCAUCGCAGUUUUCCGGUGGUGGGUUUGGAAUGGGCGUUGAAGCACACCAUCAGAAAACGCCGGUUAUUGAGACGAGAACGGAUUACGCACGAGCUGCGGCGCCGGCAGCUGGCACUUCAGUAAUGCACCAUAUGCACAUGCCGAAGCAGAAUCCGGAAUUCUUGUUGGUCGAGACCAGCCCGCCAUUGGCGGGGAGAAUGAGAUACAGAGGUGGUGACAAGACAUCGAGCACUUACGACUUGGUCGAGCAGAUGCAUUUCCUCUACGUCAGUGUGGUGAAAGCCAGAGAUCUGCCUGUAAUGGACGUCUCAGGUAGCUUGGACCCUUACGUGGAAGUCAAGCUUGGCAACUACAAGGGGAAAACGAAUUAUCUGGAGAAGAAUCAGUACCCAGUCUGGAAUCAAACCUUUGCCUUCUCGAAAGAGAGGCUGCAGUCGAAUUUGCUUGAAGUCAUGGUGAAAGAUAAGGACUUUGCUAAAGAUGAUUUCGUGGGCAGGGUUUACUUCGAUCUUACUGAGGUUCCACUUCGAGUGCCGCCAGAUAGCCCACUGGCGCCGCAAUGGUAUCGGCUCGAAGACAAGAAGGGAUUCAAAGGCAAAGAUGGCGAAAUCAUGUUGGCGGUUUGGAUGGGGACUCAAGCUGAUGAAGCUUUCCCAGACGCAUGGCAUAGUGAUGCUCACGACGUUGGGCAAACGAACCUGGCAAACACAAGGGGAAAAGUUUACUUCUCGCCAAAGCUUUAUUACCUUAGAGUACAAGUGAUUGAAGCUCAGGAUCUCGUACCUCACGAUAAAGGUAGAGUGCCCGAUGCUUGUGUGAAGGUUGUGCUUAGCAAUCAAGUCCGAGCCACGAGGCCUUCUCAAAUGAGGUCCGUGAAUCCCAUUUGGAAUGAAGAACUUAUGUAUGUAGCAUCUGAACCUUUCGAGGAUUUCAUUAUAGUAUCAGUUGAGGAUAGAGUUGGACCUGGCAGAGAUGAGAUUCUCGGGAGGGCGAUUGUACCACUAAGAAAUGUACCUCAGAGACUUGAGACAACUAAAAUGCCCGAGCCUCGAUGGUUCAGUUUGAUGAAACAUUCAUCUGAUGAUGAAGGGAAGGAAAGGAAGGAGAAGUUCAGCAGCAAGAUUCUUCUAGGUUUGUGCUUGGAAGCUGGAUACCAUGUUCUUGAUGAAUCCACCCAUUUCAGCAGCAAUCUUCAGCCUUCAUCGAAGCAUUUGAGGAAGUCGAGCAUCGGGAUGCUUGAGCUCGGGAUUCUCAGUGCUAGGAAUCUUCUUCCAAUGAAAGGGAGAGAAGGCAGAACCACUGAUUCUUACUGUGUGGCAAAGUAUGGCAACAAAUGGGUUCGAACCAGAACGCUUCUCGAGACUCUGCACCCGAAAUGGAACGAGCAGUUCAGCUGGGAAGUCUACGAUCCUUGUACUGUGAUCACCAUUGGAGUCUUUGACAACUGGCACAUCAACGGACAUAGUGAAAUCCGAGAUCAGAGAAUCGGCAAAGUGAGAAUCCGGCUAUCCACAUUAGAGACUGAUAAAAUCUACACUCAUUACUAUCCGUUGCUAGUUCUGCAACCAAACGGAUUGAAAAAACACGGAGAGAUACAGCUGGCAUUGAGGUUUACCUGCACGGCUUGGGUCAACAUGGUGGUCCAAUACGGCAAGCCAUUACUCCCCAAGAUGCAUUAUGCCCAGCCAAUCCCUGUCCGCCACAUUGACUGGCUCCGCCAUCAAGCAAUGCAGAUUGUUGCAGGUCGGCUCAUCAGAUCCGAGCCACCUCUUCGUCGGGAAGUGGUUGAGUACAUGCUCGACGUCGACUACCAUAUGUGGAGCUUGAGGAGAAGCAAAGCAAACUUCCACCGCAUAAUGUCGGUGCUCUCAGGUGUGACAGCAGUCUUCAAGUGGUUUAAUGAUAUCUGCUUCUGGAGGAACCCGAUCACAACGUGUCUUGUCCACAUCCUGUUCUUGAUUCUGGUUUGCUACCCAGAGCUAGUUCUCCCUACAGUCUUUCUCUACCUGUUUGUAAUCGGGUUGUGGAACUACCGGUUCAGGCCAAGGCACCCACCCCACAUGGAUAUAAGGCUCUCACAAGCAGAGCAUGUUCAUCCUGAUGAGCUGGAUGAGGAGUUCGAUUCAUUCCCAACUUCUCGACCUUCCGAUAUAGUGAGGAUGAGGUAUGACAGACUGAGAAGCGUUGCAGGGAGAGUGCAGACUGUGAUAGGCGAUUUGGCUAGUCAAGGGGAGAGAGCCCUAGCAUUACUUAGCUGGCGUGAUCCGAGGGCUACUGCCAUUUUCAUCAUCUUCUCGUUGAUCUUGGCUGUGGUCAUCUAUGUUACGCCAUUUCAAAUUGUGGCCAUGCUGCUUGGGUUGUACAUGCUCAGGCAUCCGAGGUUUCGGAGUCGAAUGCCUUCUGUUCCUGUCAACUUCUUCAAGAGGCUGCCUGCGAAAUCAGAUUUGUUGCUGUGA